AUGUCAGCCCCAACCGGAAACCCUUAUGCAAGGAUCGACGAUCUACUCAGCAAUGUGCGCAACUUUAAGAUCAUUGAAUCCACCCUCCGUGAGGGAGAGCAAUUCGCCAACUCUCAUUACAGCACAGAAACCAAAAUCAAGAUCGCGACUAUGCUUGAUCAAUUCGGUGUUGACUACCUCGAACUAACGAACCCUUGCUCAUCACCGCAAUCGCGAGCCGAUCUGGAGACAAUCUGCAAGUUGGGCCUCAAGGCCAAGAUCCUGACGCAUACCAGGUGCACGAUUGGUGACGCCAAGAUUGCAUGCGACGCCGGCGUGGACGGUGUUGAUGUUGUGAUUGGCACGAGCCAGUUCCUCCGCGAGCACUCUCUCGGUGGCAAGGAUAUGGUUGCGAUCACCAAGCAGGCCCUCGAAGUCAUCGAGUAUAUCAAGAGUCGUGGCUGCGAGGUUCGCUUCUCGACAGAAGAUUCAUUCCGUUCGGACCUGGUCGAUCUCCUGUCUAUCUACAAGGCUGUGAGCCAGGCUGGAGUAGACCGCGUUGGAAUUGCGGACACUGUCGGAUGUGCCUCUCCUCGACAAGUUUAUGAUCUUGUCAGGACUCUCAGGGGCUGUGUCAGCUGCGAUAUUGAGGUCCAUUUCCAUGACGACACCGGCUGUGCCGUAGCGAACGCAUUCUCGGCAUUGGAAGCUGGAGCAACACACGUCGACACCUCUGUCCUUGGAAUCGGCGAGAGAAACGGGAUUACCCCUCUCGGAGCCUUGAUGGCAAGAAUGAUGCCGAGUUCGAGAGAUUAUGUGCUGUCUAAGUACAACCUGAAGAUGAUCAAGUCCAUCGAAGAUUUUGUCGCUGAAGAAGUUGAGAUCAACACCCCUUUCAACAACCCUAUCACUGGUUUCUGCGCCUUCACACACAAGGCCGGUAUUCACGCUAAGGCUAUCCUUAACUCUCCUUCGACCUACGAAAUCCUGAAGCCCGAGGACUUUGGAUUAACCCGAUAUGUCCAUUUCACGUCCAGACUGACUGGCUGGAAUGUGAUCAAGAGCAGAAUAUCACAACUUGGUCUAAUUAUGACAGACGACCAGGUUAAGGAAGUUACGGCUAAGAUCAAGGCGAUGGCCGAUAUCAGGCCACUGGCAAUCGACGAUGCGGACUCAAUCAUCCGUUCCUUCCAUUUGGAGCUAAAUAACGGACAGGGACAGGAGGGGCAGAGCGAGCAAAAUGGACAGAAUGCGCAAAACGGCCAGGUGGAAGCAUAG